GAUAGAAUACUCAAUAUCAAACAACCAAGAGUCUCCUCAAUUGCAAAAAUGCUUCAAGCAAUUGACAACGUUCAUGAUCGCCAUUUCUUGGCCACAGAGCUCGCUUCACCAGCCACCCUCGUUGCUGAACUUGCGCAACCGGAGGUCAAGAACAUUCUCCUGGCCGCUUCCGGCUCGGUGGCCACCAUCAAGAUUCCCGAGAUAGUCAAGGCCUUAGCCAAGCACGGCGACAAGAUCCGCAUCCGCAUCGUCCUCACACAGUACGCCAAACACUUCCUCGGCGGCCAAAGCAAAGAACAGCCCGUCUACUCCUCCCUACUGGACUACCCCCAUGUGGAAGCUGUCUACGAUGAUGCCGAUGAAUGGGGUCCUGAGCCAUGGCACCGCGGAGCGAGUAUUCUUCAUAUCGAGCUACGAAGAUGGGCCGAUAUUCUUGUCGUUGCGCCUUUGGAUGCCAACACGCUUGCAAAGAUCGUCAACGGAAUGAGCGAUAAUCUUUUGACGUCCGUGAUAAGGGCGUGGGACACAGAUUCGAGUAUCGACAACAAGAAGAAGGUCAUUGCGGUUGCGCCGGCCAUGAACUCUGCCAUGUGGAGGCACCCCAUCACCGCGAAGCAGAUCCGAGUACUGCAAGAAGAAUGGGGAGUCAGGGAUCCUGAGCCAAGUGAGGGCGACACUGCGGGCGUCGCCGUAGCUAAUGGCUGGUUCCAGGUUAUCAUGCCGAUUGCAAAGACUCUUGCAUGUGGCGAUACAGGAGGGGCCAUGGCAUCCGUCGACACCAUCCGAGAAGCCAUUGAGAACAGGCUUGGUCUUGAGUAGUGUCGAUAUUACGUCCUACUCGUUGAAGCGCCGUUGUCGUCCGAUACAUUCAGAGUGUUCGAGAUGGACAUUGCCACAGCGAACUUUC